AAACUAUAUGGUUUUGUGAGUUACUUGACCUCACGCUAUAUUUGAAUCGCUUCUGAUGUGGGCCUAGGACUUGAUGCUAGAUUUCGUUUCAAAGCGUUCGGUUGUCUUAAUCAUGUCAUCUGAACCGAACGAAUUUACUUAUGACAAACUGCUUGCUUUUGCAUCAAGGUAUAACCGGCGACUACAACAGGAUAAACUUAGUCGUUUACCAUUUCUGGACAGCGCCACCGGAAUAGCUCAAAGACCGUGCUUGCUUUACCGCAACCAAAGAGAAAGGGAGGGAGGCUAUCUGACUCAGGUUUAUCGAUAUCGUUCCCACAGGUGGAAGAAAAGCAAACGAACUGGCCAGCUUCCUUCUUUCCUGUAUCAUGGAGAUGCGUUAAACGGGGUUGCUAAAAUGGAUCGUCCCAAUACCUCAGGAUUAGACUCGUGUUCUAAGGAUGUAGACGAUGAUUGUCGUAGUACUUGGGCUGCAUGUCCAGAAUAUGAUAUGGAUUCUGAUGCAAGUGAUUUCGCAGAUGAAAACUUUGGAGUUCGUAGACGCCGAAAAAAAGGCCGGACUCCACGCAUAAGCAGGUCCAACUACUCUGGACCUGGUCGGCGACGUUCUAAUUAUACCUCAUUCGAUGAUGACUCGAAUGACCGUCAAACAUCCUUGCCAGUAUUUCUGUGUGAGUUUUGUGGCGUACGAUACAGAUCGCGAGCCGGACUAAAUUACCACAUUAAUUCACAGCAUUCAGAGACACCACGAAUGAGUUGUGCACGACCGGCCUUUAUGUCUCCUUAUCGAGGAACAGAUGGACAUCAUCACCAUCAUCCUCAUUCUCAACAACAACAGUCUCACAGUCAAACUAAUCAUUUGCUCAAUGGGUCAGUAAUUAAUUCAGGAACUACCAGUAAUCACACUUCUACUUCUCAUUCCACUUCUGUAACUAAUAAGAAUAGUAGUAACAAUAAUCUUUGUUCUUCUGUAAAUGGUUCAUUCGGCCCUUCACGAGUUCGCCCUUCAGUCAUUGAACAAGGUGGUGGUAGCCUAAUUAUUGAAGCACAAGAAUGGCGGGAUAUGAAUAAUACAGACUCAUCGGAACAUACCUGUGACUUUUGCCUAGGUGAUGAAAGUUUGAAUAAGAAGACUGGGAGAUCAGAAGAUAUGUUAAGAUGUUCAGAUUGUGGACGUUUUGCUCACUUUUCUUGUUUACAGUUUACACCAAAUAUGAUUACUUCUGUACAUACUUACCGGUGGCAGUGUAUUGAAUGUAAAACGUGUUGGCUUUGUGGUACUUCAGAAAAUGAUGAACAAAUGCUUUUUUGUGAUGAUUGUGAUCGAGGUUAUCACAUGUACUGUUUAAAUCCACCAUUAUCUGAGCCACCAGAAGGUAGUUGGAGUUGUAAACUAUGCGUAGAUCGUUUUCAAACAUCGGCCGCUUCUUUUUCUACCUCUUUUGUUAACGUCAGUUUAACAAAAAAGUCUGACUCUUGUAUUGAUGAAUUGAAUAAUAAUAAUAAUAAUAAUAAUAAUAAUAAUAAUAAUAAUAAUAAUAAUAAAGACGAUACAAGCAUUUGUGAAUCAAAAUUGAAUGUGCCUUGUUCAACUAUUGUUUCGUCGGUUGUCAGUCAUAUUGUUCCUGUUUUUCAAUCAUCUUCGUUAACAUCACCAUCAUCAUCAUUAUCAUCCUCUUCUGGACUUUUUCAAUCCUCUGCGCAUCUUCAGAAGAUAUUAGUCAAUCAUGUAUAUCCGACUGUUUCUUAAUGUAUAUGUGUUUAUCUAUAAUUUUUCAAGGAUUAUCAUUAUUAUUAACCUUAUGAAUAUUCACUCAGUAAUGUUAAAUGAUUUAAAAAAUAUCUUCUAGGAUCUUAAAAAUUCAUCAUCUGGUUUUUUGUUCCGUCUUAUGUGUUAAUAAUUGAACAAAGUAACCUCUGAGCUUUUUUUAAAUGUGUAUUUUCUCUUUAAAUAUAUAUAUAUUUUUUCAAUAUUAUUUCUAGGGUUGAUUAAUUUAACUGUUUAUAGAUAAGGGGAUAUAGAGGAUUAAGGACGAAAGUGAGCAAGUGUAAGAGAGAGAGAGCAAAAAUGUACUUACCUAUUCAUUUAUUCUAUGUAUAUUAUGUACCUGUUUAAAUCAAUGUAUUAUUUCUUUGUUAACAUACCCUCAUAUGUCAAACCUUUAUUCUGUCAAAACAGACGUACUAUUUAAAAUGGAAUUUCAAAACUACAAACAGACCUAGCUAUAGUGACCAUUAUUUUUGUUUAGCAAUGUAUGUAUGUAUAUGCAUAAAUUUGAUCGGGUUGUUUUUUUUUCAAUAUGCUGUUAUGUCUCGUCAGUUUUUGAUAGUUACCAAUAUAUAUAUAUAUAUAUAUA